CUCUGAGCCGGUCAAUGAUGCCCUUUGGCUUGAUGCGCCGUGAGCUUGCUUGUGAAGGCUACCCGAUCGAGUUGCGCUGCCCUGGAAGCGAUGUUAUCAUGAUUGAAACAGCCAACUACGGCCGGACUGAUGACAAGAUCUGUGAUGCAGACCCCUUCCAGAUGGAGAAUGUGCAGUGCUACCUGCCUGAUGCCUUCAAGAUAAUGUCACAGAGGUGUAAUAAUCGCACUCAGUGUGUGGUGGUUGCCGGGUCAGAUGUGUUCCCAGACCCCUGCCCGGGGACCUACAAGUAUUUGGAGAUCCAGUAUGAGUGUGUUCCCUACAGUGAGUAC